GCCAUUUCUCACACAUCUCUAUCGAGCGUCCUCAAGAAAAAGAUAUCGAUCCAGCUGCCAUGAAGGCCAAGGUCACAACAAUAGCUCUGGUCUUGCUCUUCCUUACCUUGGGUGCAGAGGCCGAACUGUGCAAGGCGCGUAGCAGAACCUUCAAAGGGCGGUGCACCCGUAAUGAUAACUGCGUCGCCGUCUGCAUGACUGAGAACUUCACCGGUGGGUAUUGCCACGGUGUUGUAGAACGUCACUGCAUGUGUACUAAGAAGUGUGGCGAGGAGCCACCGGAAGAGCCGGGUGAACCGCCCGAGGAGCCGCGACAAAUGAUGGCCUGACAAAAUGCUUUGUGUUGUAGUUGAGAUUUGAGUUGAUGGCAAUAAGAUUACAAAGAAUAAUGGAUUGAUUGGAUAAAACUCUA